GGAGGGGAGGAUUUUAUUGGACGGAAGAUUAUGCAUGUUUUGAAGAGUGGGAGGAAGUAUACGGCAAAAGUGUGGGUUCACCGACGUUGAGCUGGAUAUUUUGAUUCGGUGUAAAGUCAACUUCGCCGAAUUACAUUGACAAAGCGGAAUAACUACCUAACAUUUGCACAUACAAACUUUUGAACCGUUGAGAAAACAAGGUUAUAGGUAUCAAACACGGCGAUGCCGGAUGGUGGCGGCAACUGCAUCGGCGUCUUCUAGACGGGCGAAGACGAUGCCGGAUUUUAUUCAGUUAGAUAUAGCCGGUCGGAUAGUGUGAGAGGGAUGAAAGGUGGGCUCCGCAGUUUCUUAGCCUUGCGCAAUAGAUAAAAAGUUACUGGGGCGAUAUGGACUACGGCUUCAGUUUCUCCUCCUCUCUUAUAUUUCUGCCUCUAGAUAGACAAUUGGGAUUCCGGACUCAAGAUCUGCACGGUCAAUUCGAUCCAGAGUCGAAUUUCCCAGCAUGUCGUGUCGUUCACAGCUCUUCCGUGCCUUGAGAGCACCCGCCUCCUGCUCCGGUAGCCGGAGGACUGUUUCUCUAAGGACCAACAUCCUCGAGAGAAGCCUUGCCCACUCAAGAACGCCCGCCCGAUGCAUCGCGACUACAGCCCCGAGGCUCAUCUCCCAAACUCGGGCACAGCAAAGCAAGCUGACAUCCGAGACGUACCCGCAACUCGAGCGCGACGCCCGGUUCGCCCAGGUGACCCCCGAGCACGUUGCGAGGUUCCGUGAGAUCUUGGGUAACAACCCCUCGGCCAUUAUUGACGGAAUCACGGGCGGCGGAGCGGGCGUCGACGCGGCCGACUUUGAAACGUACAAUGAGGACUGGAUGCACAAGUACAAGGGCCAGUCGAAGUUGGUGCUGCGUCCAGGCACCACCGACGAAGUUAGCGGCAUCCUCAAGUACUGCAAUGAACAGCGUUUGGCUGUCGUACCCCAGGGAGGAAACACAGGCCUUGUGGGAGGCUCCAUUCCCGUUUUCGACGAGAUCGUCAUUAGUAUGGCUCGCAUGAACGAGAUUCGUUCAUUCGACGAAGUCAGUGGUUCACUUGUUAUUGACGCCGGCUGUGUGCUCGAGACUGUCGACUCAUACCUUGCCCAAAAGGGUUAUAUCUUUCCUCUCGACCUCGGCGCCAAGGGCUCGUGCCACGUCGGUGGAAACGUCGCCACAAAUGCUGGCGGUCUGCGAUUGCUCCGUUAUGGGAGCUUGCAUGGCACCGUCCUCGGUGUUGAGGCUGUUCUGCCUAAUGGUACCGUCAUCAAUGACCUGUGUACCCUGCGAAAGAACAACACCGGCUACGAUGUGAAGCAGCUCUUCAUUGGUGCAGAGGGAACUUUGGGAAUUAUUACAAAGAUCGCUAUUCAAUGUCCCCAGCGAUCUCCCGCUGUUAACGUUGCCGUGUUUGGCAUAGAGUCGUAUGAUAAAGCUCAGCUUGCCUUCCGUGAGGCUAAGAAGCAGCUAUCAGAAAUUCUAUCUGCAUUUGAGCUAAUGGACGGCCGCAGCCAGAGAAUCGUUUCAGAGGUCAAGGGCCAGGAGCAUCCCCUCGAAGGAGAAUACCCUUUCUACUGCCUGAUUGAGACGAGUGGUUCCAACGGCGAGCAUGACUACGCAAAGCUAGAGACCUUCCUUGAGGAUGUCAUGACCCGAGAAGUUAUUGCCGACGGUGUCGUCGCCCAGGACGAGACGCAGCUUCGCAACCUGUGGGGCUGGCGUGAGGGCAUCACCGAGUGCCUUGGCCACUGGGGCGGCACCUACAAGUACGAUAUCUCUAUUCCCCUCGACGAGAUGUAUACCAUUGUUGAAGAUACCAAGGCUCGUCUGAUUGAUCUGGGUCUUCUGGGUGACACGUCUGACCACCCGGUUGUUGACGUACUUGGCUAUGGCCAUAUGGGCGAUUCCAAUCUGCACCUCAACAUUCCGGUGCGUCGUUACGAUCCUGCAGUUGAGAAGGCCCUGGAGCCUUGGGUAUACGAAUGGAUUCAGAAGCGUAGUGGUAGUAUCAGUGCUGAGCAUGGUUUGGGAAUUGCGAAAAAGAAGUUUAUCGGUUACAGCCGAGACGACACAACGAUUGGUCUGAUGAAGCAGAUCAAGAAUCUCUUUGAUCCCAAUGGCAUCAUGAACCCCUACAAGUAUAUUUGAUACCCCGGUCUCUUGGGCUCGUACCCGAGUGACAGCAUAUGUGACCCCCCUUCCCUUCAUUGGGGUAUGCUGCAGCGUCAUUCGUACUGCUCAGUAAUUCUAGCUGUGGCUGGGCCAAACGACCUCGAUAGCCCCGCUGACCUAAGCGAGCGCGAAUGAGCAAAAGCUUGAAUAAUGAGGCCCAAAGCGUUGUAUAAGCAAAAGUGCUGUGCACAUUGCGGUUAUGGCUGUUUUGUGUGUAUAGCCAUCUGAAAAACAGCCAUGACCCUCAAACACCCAACUACGUAUGCAUACAUACGCAGACAUGCUUAGAUAAAGUCGAUAGCCGAUUUGGAUAGCGUUGGUGGUAGUCAAUCAAUCCACAGGGCGGAACUAUCUCCGUCAUCUUGCGAAACGUGCAGGUCACUGCUUAUUUUCAGCCAUCACAUUAUCAGGUAAAUUAAUGCCUAAUUAUUCGCAAGACGCAAGUCAACACGACUGGGAGUCAGAAACAUGACUCGGCCGG